CGCAAGGCAUUCGCGACAGGCAGAGGCACCGGGACAGACGCAGAGAGGCAGGCAGCAAUGGCGGCAGAGGAACAGGCAGCACAAAGCAACAGCGCCGGUGGGGGAUACGAGUCGGCAGAGGCGUUUGGAGGAGAGAGGGGAGGGGGAGAGGGCGACGAGCUGCACAAUGCCCUCCACCAGCGGCUGGUCCAGACGGGAGAGUGGCACAGGAUCCUCUCUGCGCUCCGGCAGGGCCUCGACGAGAGCGGGUGGACAGCCACGCUACGUGACCGCGCGAUGGACCAAGCGGCCGCACAGGACAAACUCAGUCUUCCGGACCUCAUUGCAGAGCUUAGUCCCUAUGCGCAGCGGACAAUACCGGCAAAUGUUAGGGAUCAGAUUGCAUCAAUGCUUCACGACUUUGUGUCCCGCAACGUCGAGGACGCAUAAUCCUGCAUCAUUCACCCUAUAUGUAUCAACCAUCUUCCCAUCACAACCUGUUCCUAGAGACUCAAAC